UGUCAAAUUUAUCUUGGCUAACGUCGGAAGUUACAUCAUCACGUUUUAAAAGUAAUUGAGUCGUUUUUUUCUUAAGUUAGCGCGAGAACUUUUCUGUUUCAAACUAACGUCAAUUUACUGAAGAACGAGAAUAGCUCUCUGUCCAGUUACUACUGUGUCGGUCUAGCUAGCUACGUUAACCGACAGCUUAUAAAAGCCAUAUGCCGGUUUGGAAUUCAGAUGGCCGAUUUAUCUUCGCUCCCCGAGCUUCCGCUGAACAUCAACGACGACGUGUUGGAGCUGAACAAGGAUUUGGAGAGAAUUAUAGAAGACGUUGAAAAUAUAUCAGUGCAGCUGACUUGGAUGGCUUAUGACCUGGUGGCGCUGCGGACCAGUCCUGAGCUGGGGGCCGCUAUGGAGAAACUGGAAGAAGCCUAUCCUAGAUGCUUUGCUGUUGUCUGUGGAGACCAAAAACAGCAGCCAGAGAUGGACAUGUGUCCUGACUCUACUGCCACUACACCUACUCAGAUGUGAUUUCAGAGUUUUUAGUUUACAAGAAUACAUAACUGAGCUGAAGUGGAAAUGCUUGAUAAAGCUUGUAAAUGUUGUUUCAAAGUAAAUGCUAAAGCUCUGUUUUAAUGUUUACUGUGCUAUGGAGAAGCAGGUCUUUGGACUGCUAUUUCUGCUCUAAGCCACACUUUAACAUACUUUUAGCUGUAAAAGCAGUUUUAUUCACUAAUGUGAAGACUGCAGCUCUUUGAUUGUUGUUAAUUGAUGUUAGCUUGUCCUGCACGUUUUAUUUGUUUUGUAGGUUAUAAGGUUUUCUUACCUGUUUAGCCUGUUAUUGAAUAAUAAUAAGAAUAAUAAUAAGAAUAAAAAAAAAUUAAAUGAG